AUGUCUUCAAUCACUGCAACUGAGUUGUUUUCGGUGCGGGGAUUGGUAGCUGUCAUCACAGGUGGGGGAACAGGCAUCGGGUUGAUGAUGGCAAAGGCCCUUGAGGCCAAUGGUGCAAAGGUGUAUAUUAUUGGACGUAGGCAAGAGGUUUUGGAGAAAGCCGCCAAAGUAGCUGUACAUGGAAAUAUCAUUCCUCUUCAAGGUGAUGUGUCCUCUAAGGAGGACCUCACUCGCAUGGUAGAUACCAUCACCGCUGCCGAAGGCUUUAUCAACCUCCUCGUGGCAAAUUCCGGGAUCGGAGGUCCCACUCUUGGUGACUUAAAGCCUAACCCAACGCUCUCAGAGUUUCGUGAAUUUCUCUGGAACACCGACCAACAGGCCUUUACACAGACCUACCACAUUAAUACAUCGGCUGUAUUUUUCACUGUUGUUGCAUUCCUGAAUCUACUUGGAGCUGGAAACGAGAAGGGUAAUGUUGAGCAGAAAAGCCAAGUGAUAGCUACCUCCAGCGUUGGUGCAUUCAACAGAAUCCCACUGGGUUACGCAUACGGAACAAGCAAAGCAGCUGUGCUACAUUUACUAAAGCAAUUUGCUACGACAUUCGUUCCAUUCGAGAUUCGAAGCAACGUCAUUGCACCAGGCUAUUAUCCGUCUGAGAUGACAUCGGACAUACUCGCAAAGGGCGCUACCGAGGGAAAGUUCCCACGUUCUGUCAUUCCAUUGCAGCGAGCAGGAACCGAAGAAGACAUGGCAGCCACGAUAUUAUAUCUCGCUUCAAAGGGUGGUGCAUAUCUGAAUGGGAAUGUUGUGGUUACUGAUGGUGGUCGACUUUGCAUUCUGCCUUCUACAUAUUGA